AAGGCUUCCGGUAAUUCAUCACGGCAACAUCGCCCUUUAGGAAAGCUGGGCAAGCGAUUGUGACUUGGAAAGGGCAACCCAUAGUAAGUUUCCACCUCUAAUUCGAAGGGCAGACACUCGGAUCUUCAAGUAAGACAGCUGCAGCAAUGCUUCCGAGUCCAAGAGGCAGAAUCCACGAAGGGAAGAGAAACGACUGGCCAGCGAAGACUGCGCGAAACUUUGAUAAUUGAAUUGAUAUGGCCUGAUUUGAGUAUUUUAGGCUGCUGAGGGGAACCGAGUCGAAUAAGGCGGUAAAAUAGUACAUCCUCCUUGACAGCCUAUAUCAAUCGUUCCACCCACACUGCUCAUCAUUGUACACUUCAGCUCCCUCCAUCAUAUCUGACCCUUCAAGUACUUGUGUGAUAUGGACGCUAAGGAAUCUCAACCAGUUGAUUCGACCCAUCAGCCGGAUCAUCUAUACAAAGGAAGGCGAGCUUCCCAGCCCCUCGACAUCGUAGUAAUAGGAUGCGGUCUGGGAGGUCUCGCCGCUGCAUACUGCCUCGCACAGGGAGGUCACAACGUCACCAUCCUUGAAGCAGCGCCUGCAAUCGGUGAAGUGGGCGCUGGGAUUCAAGCCAGCCCAAAUGUCUCGCGCCUCUUGAUGCGUUGGGGUCUCGGCCCACGUCUCGAGGAACUUGGUGUGAAACCACAGAAUCUGAGCAUUAGACGAUGGAAGAACGAUGAAGUUAUAGGAUGGACGCUAUUUGGGGAUACGUUCGUUAAGGACUACGGUUACCCUUAUUACCACAUACACCGAGCUGAUUUCCACCGUAUGCUCUACGCGGCAGCUGAACAACACUGUAACAUCCGUGUCGAUUGUCGCGUUGUAUCCUUGGACCCGUCGAAACCUACUAUGACUCUUGCUUCUGGGGAGGUCGUAUCUGCUGACCUAAUCAUCGGCGCGGACGGAGUCAAAAGCAUUACCCGGGAGUAUGUUGUCGGCGGGCCCGAUAAGCCCAGGGCUACCGGAGACGCUGCUUACAGAGCCCUCAUCCCGACUGAGAAACUCCUAGAGGACGAUGACCUGAAAUCACUGGUGGAGAAUACAGAAUCAAUUAUAUGGAUGGGUCCCAAAGGUCAUAUUGUUGGCUAUAAUAUUUGUGCCAAGAAACAAUAUAACCUCGUCAUGAUACACCCUGACGGAGCUGACGGAGUUGAAGGAAUUGUGGAAUCGUGGACUGCUGAAGGUAAUGUGGAAAGAAUGAAGGAGCACUACAAGGGGUGGAAUAUCACUAUUCAAAAACUUCUGGCUCUUAUUCCGUCAACGCUCGAUUGGAAGUUGAUGGUCCGAGAUCCCCUGCCUUCGUGGAUUCACAAGGAUGGCAAGUUGGUCUUGUUGGGCGACUCUUGUCACCCAAUGCUGCCCUACCGUGCGCAAGGAUCAGCCAUGGCGAUUGAAGAUGCUGCCGUCCUAGGCAACAUAUUCUCGCAUUGCUCGGACCGCUCGCAGAUCUUGCCGCUGCUUUAUGCCUACCAAUCUCUCCGGUACGACCGUGCCACGGCGACACAGACGUCUUCAAGUCUGAACCGGCACAUAUUCCACCACCCAGACGGGCCAGAGCAAGAGGAGCGUGAUAACGAAAUGCGUGUGGCAACGGAGGACGCGAAACGCGUGGCGCGUGGCGAGCAGAGUACGCUUGCGUUAGCAGGCAAUGCGAAUCAGUGGGCUGAUAAGAAGAAGAGCGACAUCCAAUUUGGAUACGAUGCCGACGAGGAGGCGGAAAAGUGGUGGGUCGCAAACGGGGAUAAAUUAAUGAGCCUCUUCCCUUCAACUGAGGUGGCGAAUUGAAAUUGUGAUGAUGAAACCUCCGUAACUUGUCCGUAGAAGUUGUGAUGCUCUCUGAUCUGAAAUGUAUGUCCUGGUAUCUAAAGAGUGUGCUAUGUCAUAUGAAACAAAUACCUUCCGCCAUCAUGAGGUCAAUGGCCUAUUGAUUGAUGUUCGU